AUGAAUAUCCUACAUUCUACUCUAUCAACGUGGCGAGACCGUUUGGCACCCGUCUCUCGUACAUCCACUUUCCGUGCCACCGGCCAGAUCACCCCCGAGGAGUUCGUCUUGGCAGGCGACUACCUCGUCUACAAGUUUCCCACAUGGUCCUGGGCCGACGCAUCCAGCCCCGCAAAGCGUGUCUCCUAUCUGCCUGCUGGCAAGCAGUUUCUCGUCACCCGUGGAGUCCCCUGUCACCGACGGCUGAACGAUAACUUUGCUGGUGAUGCGGACCACGAAGAUGAGAUCGUCCGGGAUAUGCUCUCCGCUGAGGGUGCCGAAGGCGCUGGGGGCGCUGCAGGUACUGAUGGCGAUGACGGCUGGCUAAGAACGGGAGGAGGUCGCGAUCUCGUCGCCGACCGGGAUCAGCAGGACGCACGCAUCCGCGAUGUACGGACCGUCGACGAAUCAGGGAACUUGGGCGAGCAGGAAGAAGACGAGGAAAUCCCCGAUAUGGAAGAUGAUGACGAUGACGAGGAAGCCAUUAUUCGCGAACCGGCUGUUCAUUCAGGGACCACCCAGCCUCUGCGAACUUAUACACUGUACAUCACAUACUCGAACUUUUACCGCACACCCCGUCUCUAUCUAUCCGGAUACCUAUCCCCAUCGGAGCCACUUCCCCCGCAUCUGAUGAUGGAGGAUAUCGUGGGCGACUACAAAGACAAGACCGUGACACUAGAAGAUUUCCCUUGGUUUGACGGCAACGUAAAGAUGGCCACUGUUCACCCAUGCCGCCACGCCUCAGUCAUGAAAACGCUACUCGACCGCGCCGAUGCGGCACUCAAGCUGCGGCGGGACAAGUUGAAGAAGUCACAGUCGCGCGAGGAGGCCAACCGUGUUUUGCAAGCUGGUGGAAACAGGGGGCUUGAGGGACUAGUCGAAGAUACAAAAGGCCUGUCUCUCGGAGAGCACCAGCAGGGGCAAUCUGGAGACGAGUGGGAGGUUCUUCAGGCCGAUGAGGAAGAGCAGGUUGCCAUUCGUGUGGAUCAGUACUUGGUGGUGUUUUUGAAGUUCAUUGCCAGCGUCACACCUGGUAUUGAGCAUGACUUUACGAUGGGAGUAUAA